AUGGUGGUAGAGCCUUCAGACAAUUCGUCGAUACCAGAGUGCGACAAAGCCUUUGACAACAACGAGCUUUCAAUAGCGACGAACCUUCAACGGCAACGAGCCUUCCACGGCGGCGAGCCUUCAACCAAAUGGGCGCAUUAUUUCGAAACGUGCAAGCAGGAUUGCAUUGCAAUAAACGCUAAGAGUCAAAGUUCCUUGAGGAAGCUUCUAGAUCUGGUCGGAGUUCAAGCUCAAAGAAGUCAUUUGCCGAGAACCGACGCUACUUGUGAUGGUGGUCGGUGUUCCCAACUAUGGCAAUGGUUUUCUUUGAUCGCGCAAGAGAAGAUGAAGCGUGCCGCUGUGGGUCCGUUACCUGGUGUUACUCAAGAUAUAGCAGGAUUUAAGUUGGGGGGAAUGUCAGGCCUCGAAAAACGUGCGUCCACGUGGCGUCCACGUGGCAGCAGGAGAGCGCGCCACAUCAGCCGUGCACAUGGCCGACAAACAGUGCCCGACACCACUGCCGAACGCCAGCUGUCGCACGCCCAACUGAAUCAGAGCACAGUGGGAACGUGCGUCCGGCGUAGUGGAGAACAGUGUGUCAGUCAGGAAGAACGUGCGUCCGCGGUGGUGGAAGACGCGUGGCAACAGUGCAGUGGUCGACCGUCCGUUAUGGGCUGUCAGAGAAGCGGCGGAGUGCGAUGCCAGCGCAACUGCCAGAGUGAACGUGCGUCCGGCAGCAAGUGGGAACUCUGA